AUGCUCGCAGCGCACGCGCCCGCACUAAAACUGGUCGGAAUUGAAGAAGGAGAAACUGCGUGGUCUGCGGCGUUGCAGGCUGGUGGCGGCUGUUGGGUGGCGAUAGUGGUGGGCGCUUCGCCCUUCACCCGCGAACUGCACCAGUUCUUAUUGGACUUCGACCGGCAGACGGCGGAGGAUUCUAAAGACGAUAUUCGCCUGUGGGUGGUAGCUGAAGACAGAGAGAUACCAUCGCACAUAGCGAAUAUUUGCAUCACUGUCAUUCUUGAGCCGCCGGAGGGCGUGAGGCACAAGGUGGUGGGCACGCUGAGCGCGUGGGGCCGCUACGAGGCGGAGGCGCCGCUGGUGCGGGUGCACGCGUGCCUCGCGCUCGUGCACGCGCUCGCGCAGGAGCGACGCGCCUACAUUCCGCACGGCUGGAGCCGCUGGUACGCGUGGGGCUGGGGCGAGGUGCAGGCGUGCGCGAGGGGCGCGCGCUCCGUGAGCGGCGGGGGCGGCGCGCGCGCUUUGGCCACUGCGCGCGCGCUGUGCGGCGCGCUGUACGGGGCGCGCGUGGCGCAGGAGGCGGACGCGCGUAUAUUGAGGGCGCUGGUGCGCAACUGCCUGCCGCAGCGGGCGCUCGCGCACGACUGGGCGCCCCCCGCCGCGCCCCGCCCCCUGCCCCACCACACGCGACUGCAGGCGUACAUCCACGAGUUCGAAUCUUGGCCGGAGCUGGAGCCGCCGCGGCUGCUGGGCCUGCCGGCCAACUGCCGCGUCGCCUGGGAGAACAACGCCGCCAGUGGCAUCAUCGCUGGCCUGAGAGAAUUCAAUUCAACCAUUAACGUUAAGAAAAACGACAGCGUUACGCCGAUGAAGACUUUACUGGCCCUGUGGAAAAAACUGAUGUCUGGAAACCCGCUUAUCAAGGCUGAUUAUAAAAUGGAAAAGACGUGUGCGGGGUGGUGGGGGUGCGUUUGUGAGGGGGAGGCGCGCGAGUGCGCGGCGGCCGCGAGGCGCGUCCACUCCGCCCUCGCGGCAUUCGCGUCCGCAACGCAAACGAACGCGCACGCGCACGCACUGACUACGGUGCCAGAGGAUUGGCAGCUGCAGUGGGCGGGUCCGGUAACGCCCGACGCCUAUCUGAAGGAGCUGAGCGUGCGCGCGUGGGCCGCCAUCGAGAGACUGAAGACCCAUCCCGAUGACUACAUGCCGCCCGAGGUGGAUCUGCGCUCGUUCGCGCGUCCGCAGCGCGUGGUGUGGGCGCUGCGCGCGCACUCCGCCCGCCGCCUACAGCGCCCGCCGCACCAGCUCGCGCUCGCCGCCCACUGGCAGCCCCGAGAGGGCGGUAGCGAAGUGGAGGGCGAUGCAGGGCUGGUGGUGCGGGGGCUGCGGCUGAGCGGAGCGGCGUGGGAUGGCGCCCUGCGUGCCGCCGCCCCCUCCGCGCCCCCCCACUGCGCCGCGCCCCCCCUCCUGCUGCGCUACGUGCCGAGCACCGAAGACCCGAUCCCGUCGUCCAGAUCCCUGGAGCUGCCGGUCUACGGCAACGAAGAUCGCGACGAGCUCCUCUUCCACGUGAAUGCGCCUCUCGCAACCGACUACGAUAAGGACACCGCAACUCUCAACGCCCUCGCACUGUUCAUCGCUCCGGUGGAC